AUAACAAUUUUCAAGCUUCGAAAUGGCAUGACAAAAGGGAAAGAGUCUGAGAAAUACUGACUACCAGGUUUUAAACAAUCUAGUACAAAAAAAUGUUAUCCCCGAAAAGCAAAGUAUUUGAAAUACCCAAGUCAGGUGGCAUCUGUGCAGACAGAAAAAUUAACAAACAUCAGGUCGUGGCCUUUCAUUAGCAAGAUGCAUUGUAAGAAUGGAGCAAAACUUUUGAUAAGGUCAGUGGCUUCUCGAUGAUAAACUGUGAGAAAACAUCGGUCAUCGACUAGUGUAAAACGUGAGCAAAAAAUACCUCUUGAUGCCUCAAGACACCGUGCAGCCCACGCCCACUCAAUCCCCACUACAUUGUCCCUUGCUUAAAUACAAACAUAAACUGCUCAACAGAUUAGGAAGCAUGGUGGACAGGAGCGCGAGUUAACGUUUCAGCUUGAUCAUCCCCUCAUCAGAGCUGCAGCCAGCCUCUUCCUAACAACAAUCUGGGGAUAGAGCGGUCGGUUAGGGGAAAGUGGGUAAAUCGUUGAGUACAAAGCACUGGGAUUUGGCUGUCCCUGAGUGCAUCGCUCAGUGUUCUCCUUCCGUGUUUGGUGUUGUUUCCAAGCUGCUACAGCAGCGAAACUGAGAGUGGGAAAACAAAACAAUGGGCCCCUGAUUGUGACGUCGGAGUCGGAGCAGCACGUGACACACGCUCGCGGACACCUUCCGUGUUUUGGUGGAAUCCCCGCGCGCAUGAGCACGAGCUAGCGGCAGGAGUGUCGAGCGCGAGCAUCCAGAGAGGAAGAAAAAAAAAGCUGCGGCGCAGCAGCAUUGGACUGGCUGAUAAGAGAAGUAUAUAUUUUUUAAAAAAUAAACAUCGAUCCCUCGGAAAUACAUUGGGUUGAUGCGCAGGCCUGGAGAGAGAGGGAGAGAAGACGAAGAAAGCACUCGAAUCGAAGGGGACUGACGCUGAGUAUUUCUCACUGUGGAGGUACUGCUGGAAACGAGAGGGUUGCAUUGAAUGUCCAAGAAAAAAACGUUCUGUUUUGCUGCAGAAAGAUGAAAAGAAAUAGGGUCAUUUGCUUUACUUAUCAGUUUUAAUAUGGUCAGCUCUGAAAUAUAAAAAAGUAAAAGUAAAUUUUAAAUCUGGUAAAAAUUGGCUUACAUUUUUUUUUUGAAAAGUUCUUGUAAGGGGACAGAAGUAUUUUAAUUUUUUUAUUGUUUUGGUUGGCUGAAUAUUUGGAUAUGUUAAGGUAGAUGUUGGAUAUACUUGUGCUGUUUGGCAGCUAUUCAGAUACCUUUAAAAUCACUUAAGGACUUUUAAAAGUGCACAGUGUGUCCUCGUCAUAACUAUAAAAUGAUGGAUAUGGGAAGAAGCGAAAGAAUGAUUAUGCUAAAUUUGUAAAUGUGAAAGUCCAGUAAAUUCACAAAAUAAAAUUUGGGUAUUCCUUUAAUUUUGGGUAUGUUGUAAUCAAAUCAUUGUUCACAAGAGAGUUAGGAAUUUUGUUAUUUUAUGUAAUAUAUAAUUUUUCCCCUUCUCUAUAUGACACUGAGAACAUUAAUGAAGCAAGCAUAGUUCUUCCAGUUCUCAGUUUAAAAACUAUUCACUUGUAAAUUUUAAGAUUAUUUUGUACGCUUGGGAAAGAUUGACAAUAAAAUGAACAGCUGAGGGAGUUUGAGGUGUAGGCAAGCACAGAGUACUCCUUCUGGUGCUUCACAGACCAGAUCACCCUGAAAGUCCUUCCUGCAGUUUGCAAGCCUGCCUUGAAGAGACCAAAGAGCUCCCGUACUGGAAACAUCAAAGCUGAGGGCCCACAAGUUCUGCUUGAAGGAUCCUGGCCAUGAGGUUUGAUGCCUCACUUCGUUGACAAAAGUCAUUGGACCUAAAUGGCGCAGCAUGACUUUGUUCCUGCUUGGCUUAAUUUUCCAACAUCUCAGUCUUCAAACAAGUCCUCUUCUACCAGUGAGAAACACAGUGACCAUUUUGCUCGAGGCGAUGGUCGAUUUGGUGUAAAUCGUAGAAGGCACAAUUCCUCAGAUGGAUUCUUUAAUAAUGGUCUACUCCGAGCUGCUGGAGAUGGUUGGUAUCAACCUUCAUUGCUUCGCCAUGAUUCUGUAGAUUCAGGUGUUUCUAAGAGUGUUCAAGUUAGCCUUUUUGGAAGUCAGGUUUGGAAAGAAAAUGCCAGUUGGCACAAUGCAAAUAGAGGCCAUGAUGUGAUCAACCAGCGUGGUAGCAACAAUGCCCAUCGACAUUGGAAUGGCAACUUCCAUAACCGAAAGAGUUCAGGAUUCCAGGACAAGCAACCUGCUGAGGUAAAGGAAGAAAAGAAGGAUGAAAAGGAUGAAAAACUUCAGUUUGAAGAGGAAGACUUUCCAUCUCUGAACCCUGAUGCAGAAAAACAGCCUAGCCAGAGCAGACCUGUCAGCACACCAGCAGGAGUAUGGGGGAUUAAUUUCUCCACCAGGGCUCUUCCCUGGGGCCCCAAAUAUAAAUACAUACCUGAGUUAUUUUCUCAAAACACUUCCUUUUUUUUCCAGAGUCCUUCAAGUACCACCCCUCCAAUAGAGAUCAGCACAAAUCGUUUAAUGAAACUAACUCGGGUAAAGUCAGAUAAGAAGAGUGAGUUUCUGAAGGCACUGAAAGAUGACCGGAGUGAUGAAAUCUCAGAACAUAGAGACUUCGACAAAUUAGAAGACUGUGUGCGUAAUAUUCCAGAAACAAAUGAAAACGGGAAUGCAAAUGGUCAUCAGCAUAGUCUCUCAUUCUGUGGCUCAGAAAAAGAUUAUCUGUCCAGUUCUCUUGAAGCAGAACAUAGAUUAUUGAAAGCAAUGGGUUGGCAAGAAUGCUCAGAGAAUGAUGAUAACUUCUUGCCUUUGACUGAAGAUGAGCUCCAGGAGUUCCAGGCCAGAACUGAGCAGCUCAAGAAAAAUGGCUUUAGGAAAAAUGGUUUUCAAUUGAAGAACCAGUGUACAGCUUUACAUUUCGCCCAUUGGAGAGGCUUUUUCAGUACAGGACUUCAUGAAGCAUCAGAUUCUGAAACUAGCAGUAGUACCAAUUCUGAUGAUGACGCUUAAACUUGGUACAAGUGGAAUUCAUGUUAUAUGUUUUCUUAUAGCUGGAGGACUAAACUUACUAAAGCUCUUUUGGCACAGAGUUAUAUUUUUCCAAGCACAAGGGAGUUGAUCAUAUCCCAAAGAAGAAAAUUUGCUUGUUGAGCUUUUUUCUUUAUUUCUUUGACCAGCUGGUCCUGUUGAACGCUUCGUAGAAUGAAAUAUGAGUCAAUAAAGAAGAAAAGGGGCAAAGCACAUUGAGUAAUCAUUUUCAAGGAAAAAAUGUGGGGUUUUUUGAAAGCUUGGAAAAAAAAACAUUUGCAGACAAUUAGUAGGAAUAGCAGUACAAUAGAAAAAGCAGUGUAAGAGACAAAUUCAAAAUACUGAUGAUAGUUGUCAAGAAUAAUGCUAACUACAAACAUUUUUCAAUGUCGUGACAUUUUGAGAAAAAGAAAAUAAGAUUUGUCACCAGAGGUUUAUCUCCAUUUCUUUGGUACAGUUGUAAAAUAUUCACAAUAGGAGCUUUGAGUCUUCAAACAACCUUGAUAUUCAGGGUGGAAUGUAAAAUAUAAAUUUUGUGAAAUUUCAAAGAUUAAGAUUAUUUUGAUAACGUUAUUUACAAAUUUAAAAAAAGUGGCUAUCACAUAUGAAUAUCUGUACAAGAAAAACUACUGCAUUAAAAUAACUUGGAAUAAAUAUUUUGCAUCAGUUUGCCAAAA